AUGUUGGUAAGAAGCAAAAAUUUGGCGAAGAGCUCAAUAACGUCAAGGCGGGAGGAGGAUGGUGUUGAUAUUAAGCUUACGCCGUUGUCGGCUGUGGCGGACGCGUUUGAGGACCUCUGCGCCACGGUGAACGCCGGCAGCUUCGACGGCGAUCUCGAUUUGACGAGCUUCUGCGACGCAUGCUCUCUUGUCUCUGUUCUUUACCUGCCUUGGCACUGCCUUCAAAUUUGCAGAGUGGGUGGGCUUAAAGGAGCAAUCAAAACGGGCUUAACAUUAAAUAGAAUAAUAGAUCAUGACAUAAAACAAGGCACGGUUAGGACACAAGGAAGUCUUACUCGUCAGCUGCGAAGGGUGAGACAGGGCAUUGAUCUCAUCUCAACUCUGUUCAAGAAUUUUCUCAACUCAGAUGUUCCGAGUUUGAAAGAAGCAGCCUCGUCGGCUUAUGCCAAAACGUGCGCCCCUUACCACACUUGGGCUGUGAGAACAGCUGCUUCUGCUGGGAUGUAUGCUCUUCCUACAAGGGAACAGCUGCUCGUCAAACUAAACGAAACUCAUGAAUCGGCAGAGAGGGAGAUGAGAAGAUUCAUCAAAGCCUCAGAUCCUAUCAUAGAAUACAUUGACAAGCUCUACACUGUAAGGAAUAUCAGCUUGGAUUGGUGAGGCUGUGGAGGUUCAGAUGGGUGAUGUUCUGCGCUUAUAGGUUAGAG